GGCUUCAGCUGUGUCUGGGGUGCUCUGCAGCUGAGGGGGAGAAGGAGCUGGGUUCUUAGGAGUUUCCUCCGUUUCUCCUUCUGGGUCUGCUGCUGUUACUCCCGAGUCAUCCUCGUCUCAUGAGUCCUCUGACGGAGCCAUGACAAACUACUUGUUACAAAUUGCUACAUGUAGUAGCACCAUCUGAAGCUGAAACCUUGUUUAUUGGGUAACAAAUAGGAUGGGCAAAGAGGGUGGUGAAAAGGGAGAGGGCCUUUUCAGUUGUGGUUUCCCUCCUUUGGAAUAUGCUCCCCAGUGAGGUCUGCCUGGCGCCUUCAUUGACAUCUUUUUGGGACCAGGACCAGAGAUGUGUGAGAUGUGGACUUAACUGCAGCUGGUGAUGUGCUGCAGGGUUUAAGAACGUGCACGCUUUGUUGCUGGUGCCUUUGAGUACAAAGAGAAUAUGGAGGAGGGCGUAGAAUUGCCAACGGAGAGGCUGGAAGUGCAGGCAGCCGCUUCUCCUGGGAUCAGCCGGCAGAUAUCAGUCAGCGAGUUCUCUUGCCAUUGCUGUUACGAUAUUCUUGUCAAUCCCACCACCUUGAACUGUGGGCAUAGCUUCUGUAGGCAUUGCCUAGCCUUAUGGUGGACGUCUUCCAAGAAGAAUGAGUGUCCAGAAUGCAGAGAAAAAUGGGAAGGGUUCCCCAAAGUCAACAUUCUCCUCAGGGAUGCCAUCGAAAAACUGUUUCCGGAUGCCAUCGAGCAGCGGAAGGACGACAUCCAGCAAAACAGUGACGCGUCCCACAGCCUUGCCGCCUUCCAGAAAUACGGGAGCGAUCAGACGCCUGCAGCUCCAAGCGUAGGGAGAAUUAAUCCCCGAGGAGGGGGAUUUUUCUCUGGCGUGCUGACAGCUUUAACUUGUGUGGCAGUGGUUUUACUUGGCUAUCAUUGGAGCAGCCGAGAGUCGGAAGAUGAUCUCCUUGUUCACAAGCCUGUUGCCAAAUGGACUGCUGGGGAGGUGAUACACUGGCUGGGACAACUGGGACCUUGGACUUUCCUGUACAAGGAGCGGUUUUUAAAUGAGAAAGUUAAUGGGAGGCUGCUCCUGACGCUCACCGAUGAAGACUUUUUAAAGGCUCCUUACAAUGUGGAGAACAGCAGCCACAGGAAAGCCAUUAUGAUGGAACUGGAACGUGUGAAAAUGCUAGGGGUCAAACCCCCACAGAACCUUUGGGAAUACAAGGCCGUGCAUCCUGGGAAGUCGCUGUUCCUGCUGUACGCCUUGAAGAGCUCCCCUCGGCUCACCAUGCUGUAUCUGUACCUCUUUGACUACACGGACGUCUUCCUCCCCUUCAUCCACACCAUCUGCCCCAGUCAGGAGGAGGAGCUGGAGGACAUUAUUGCCAAACUGCUAGACCUGAAGGAGCCUGCGUGGAAGCAGUGGCGAGAAUUCAUUGUGAAAUAUUCUUUCCUGCCCUAUCAGCUAAUUGCUGAGUUUGCAUGGGACUGGUUGGAGGUCCAUUACUGGACGUCGCGUUUCAUCAUUGUCAAUGCCAUGUUGCUUUCCGUGUUGGAGCUGUUCUCCUUUUGGAGACUGUGGUCAAGAAGGGAGUUGAAGACAAUCCCUCACCGGAUGUGGACCCAUUUCUGGAAAGUGUCGACCCAGGGACUCCUCAUGGCCAUUUUCUGGCCCAUUAUUCCUCAGUUUGUCUGCAACUGCCUGUUCUAUUGGGCUUUGUACUUUAACCCGAUUAUAAACAUUGACCUAGUGGUGAAAGAAGUCCGUCGCUUGGAAACGCAAGUGCUUUGAUGGCGUGGUCUGCGAUCAGCUUUAGGCUGUGACGUCCUGAACCAUCUGAUGGCAGGGAGCUGACAAAAGGCAACGUUGCUUUUUUUUUUCCCCCCAUGGUGACAAAACUUGGUGAUUUUUUUUUUUAACAGCAUACCUGCUUUUGCAGAAAGUCUUCUCUUUUAAGCAGCAACAGCUUUAAAGGGAGGGAGGUACUGUUCCCAGGGAGAAGAAGAAACUAAUUUCGUUAUAAUCGGAACAUUUGUUUUUGGAUUCAUUGAAGCACCAGCCUUUGUGUGCCAUUUUGAGAGGCGUAAUAUGGGAAGCCUGACAAGAAAUCCAAGCCCUUGGGCUCUUUUCUUCAGGUCUGUCUUGUGAAAGGAGUCCUGCAUUUAACACCUUAAGUAGUUGUACUCCAAAAGACAUACUUGUCCCUUUUUAAAAUGGCUUUGAGCCUGACUCAGCCCUCUAUUUUCCACGUCCAUACAUACCUCUGGCCAUUUUUGUGAAUUUGAAGUAAUUUCUGUUGCUGUAUUAAUUUUCUAAGUCUCACUUGCCAACUGCAACUUUUUUAGACAGGAAAAAAUGACGUCCUGCAUGUAAAUACCAAUUGAUUGUGAAAUGGUGUCUUCUUUUUGGUAUGUACACGAAAUACCACCUGUGUUGCCAUAUGUUAAAUGUAUGCCAAAACAAAGAUUAGCUUUAUUUUAAAUGCUGUGUCCCUGUAAAUUAAACUUGACUCUGCAUUUGUAUUAAGAUGAUCUUCAGAUUUGCAUAUGAACAUUUUUAAGAAUUAAAACAAAAGAUUUUUCUAAUAUUUA